CUUCCAAGGGAAGGAAACCCUUCAAACAAAAAGGGCAUGACUUCAAUGGCUGAAGUAGGCCUCAGAAUAAUUCUCACUCAGAUAAUUUCCAAGACCAAUCAGUCCAGCAACAUCCUCGUGAAGUCCACGCUCAUCUCGACUCAAACCGGUAAGCCUCCACCACCUCCGCCGCUGCUGCCGCCUCCGUCAACAUCGAACGCGACCCGUCGUCGUACCGGCGACUCCAAUCGCUUCCUCAAAUCGUGUCAUCUUUGCCGGAAGAAAUUAAGCCCCCGCAAGGACAUCUACAUGUACAGGGGCGAUCAAGGCUUUUGCAGCGUGGAAUGCAGGGACAGGCAGAUUGUGAUCGACGAGAUGAGAGAAAUGGAGAUGGUGGCGAGGGCUUCGUCUGCUGCUCCCACCAACUGGAAAAUCCGGCUGCGACGCUCGUGAUCGUGUUGAUCAAAUGACGAAAGACCCACCGUCUCCUCUUCUUAUUCUUUUCUUUAUGACAAGCAAAAUCUACAUUAAAUGAAGAAAUCUCGAGGGCAUUAAUGUACCAUGAACUUCUCGAA